CUUUUUUCUCUCAAGUUACCCAUUUUAUUUUCGAUAGAUCUUCAAUUGUUAAAAGAUUUGCAGUUUUGAUUGUCAAUCCUUUUUUUUUGACUUGACAUGAACUGACCAUGGUGAAUAUUUCAUCUUUAUUAAACCACAGUGGAUCGGAAGAUGAUAGACCUAUUCCGGUCAAACAGGAACACAAGUCUUCUGCUUCCAAUUCUUUCAAUUCAACUUCCAAUUCUUUCAAUUCAACUUCCAAUUCUUUCAAUUCAACUUCCAAUUCUUUCAAUUCAACUUCCAAUUCAACUUCCAAUUUGACUUCCAAUUUGACUUCCAAUUCAACUUCCAAUUCAACUUCCAAUUCAACUUCCAAUUCAACUUCCAAUUCAACUUCCAAUUUGACUUCCAACUCGGCCCCCAACUCGGCCUUCAGUUCGACUCCUUCAAGCUCCAUCAAUACUAAUCAUAAGAUUAGAAAACAAAUCCCAAAAUGUAAAAUUAAUAAACGAUUAUUAUCACAAAAAAAAUUGGUACAAAUUGCAAUAAGAAGAAAAACUUUUCCCAAGAAACUCAAACCGGCCCAGUUAUCUGACGAAGAAGACGAUGAAUGGAAUGACUUGAAUUCUAAUUCAAAAUUACAUAUAAAGUCAUUAGAAGCUGGUCUUCGAGUUAAAUUAACUUUAGCUCCAUCUCUAAUGGAAUUAUAUCAAUCAUUAACUCCCCAUAAUAAUCGCCAAAUUGAUAUGAAUCAAUUACAAUACGAUGGAGAAACUAAACACGAAAAAGUAUCUCCAAGUAUCGAAUUAGAUAACCAGGAAAUGACUAAUAAAAAUACUUAUCAUAAAAUUAAUAAACUGGGUAAACUGGGGAAAUUAAUAAGUAAAUCAGUUCAAUUGAUUGACAAUAAUUUGGUUAACCUUUCUAAAACUUCAAAUAAAGUAUUACAAAAUUACUUUAGUGAUUCAAAAACAAACGAUGACAAUAAGAAACUAUCCGCUCCUUCGUUUAAUUCUUUAUCUACUGCUGUUCAUGUUUUAUUUGGUUUAAGUGAAUUCACUCUAGUAAGAGUAACAAGAUCAACAACUACUAAUUUGGAAGGUUCAGUGGUUUUAAAAUUAGAAACCGCUAAACCGGGUGAUUAUAAACUAUUUGAUGAUAGUGAGUUUCUAAGUGAAAUGAUCCAUAGUAUCGGUCAUAAAAAUACAGUUCCUUCGAAUCUUUUUUUGAAAAAAAUUGUCGCUAGACCUCGUUAUAAAUCUGAUAUGAAAAUUUAUCUUAUCCCUAAAAACUAUGAUUCUUCUCUUUAUGUUGAUGAAAGAAUGUUUGAAAGAGACUUAAUAAAUGGUAUUAUUGAUUUUGAAAAACCCUUGGAUAGAAAUAUCUUCUCAACUUUUAAUCCUCAUAAUAUCUUAUUGGAUUUUAAAAAUUUAUUA